AUACGUUCAAGUGACGAGCGUUUUAUCAGUGUUAACGUUUGCGUUGGCUGUAUGUAUAUAUUAUCAGUCCAAUACGUAAAUGGUUGUUAAUAUAUAUAGAUACUUACUGAGAAAAUGUAGUACAAACUCCAGGACAUAUAGCAGCGUUAAUACUACAAUAGUUGAAAAAAGUAAAGAAGUUUUAAAGGUUUUAAAUAUUGACUUAUCCGAAAUAGAGAAAGAGAGGGAUGUUGUAGUUUACACCCGGAAUAGACUAUGUAGCAAAUGUAACAAAAAUGUCAAGAUUUCCAAUCCAGAGUACAUAGAAAACUCCUGUGCCGAUAGUUGGCGCUAUUUCCACAAUAUUACAUUUAUCCCAAAUUGUCCUAUAUUCGGUAUUAUGAAGUUCACCAAAUUCCAUAAGCUUAGGGUUGAACAAAAAAUUGCAAUUUCAAAGUAGAUUAUAAGUGUAUGAGAUGGCUGUAUCUAAUUCACGACCUCGUAUAUUCAAGAAGAAGACUCUAUCCUGUCGUAAUUGUGGUGAUGCAUCCGAAGUUUUAACCGAUGAUGUUGAAGGCAUUCGUCUAUGUUCGGGAUGCGGCUUAGUUUUGGAGGACAAGCUUAUAUCUGAACAACAAGAAUGGCGUAACUUUAAUACAGAAUCACUUGGUGCUGCUCAUGCCGAAAAGAGCAGAGUUGGUGAAUUCAACGAUGUAUGGCUUGAUGACGUUGGGAACAGUACGACAUUCAUUGGUGGCUCUAAGAAGAUGCAACAAUUACAGAGUUUGAUGGGAAAUUAUGACAGUAGUGAUAGAAUCCUGCGUAAUGCAUAUUCCCUUUUGCGUGGAGUUGGGGAUUCUUUGGACAUAAAAGACCAUGUAACCGAGCGCUGCAAGGAAAUAUUGAAAGAUAUGCAUGAAGCAUCAAUCCUCAAAGGGCGUUGCACUAUACUAAACAUACUUGCUAUUAUAUAUCUAGGAUGCAGAGAGUGUGGCAUCUCUCGAUCUCUUAGGGAACUUUGUAUAUAUGAUCGAAACAUAAGUCCUAGAGAUCUAGGAAGAGCCAUAAAUAGACUGAAAAAACAACUUCCAAACAGGGGAAAUGCUCCUGUAGAGGAUACUAUGCAAAUCCUUCCCAGAUAUACUUCGAAACUAAAUUUGUCUACCCAUAUAGCCAACAUUUGUGAAAAUGUCUGUAGCCAGGCUACAAUGCUUCUUAGAAGCUCGCAUAGGACCACGUCAUUGGCUGCGGCAAUAAUCUAUUUUGUUACUCAGACAAUGAUGCCUGGCCAAAUUAGCAUCGCAGAUAUAGCACUUGUGUGUGGGACAAGUGUUAAUACGAUCAAGGUAACGCACAAAGAAUUGAUGGAUAUCAAGGACAAAUUGUUGAAUAAACUAGUGCAAUAG